AUGGCGGGUCUGGGCGGUCACUGAGGGGCUUGGCGGGGCGGCGGGUGUCAGCGCAGGCAGCCCAACUCUGCGCUCGUCUGCGGCGGGGAUUCUACCUCAGCGCUCGAGGGGGGAAGCGUCUCCAGGAGGAAAGGAGCAGGCUAAGCCGGCCGGAGGGGGCCGGCCCUUCGCUUGGGCUCGGCGCGGUGGGCCGCCCUGUCAGUCGGCCGGAGCGAUGGCCCAACGAGUGCAGUCGGCGCAGGAGUUCCUCCAGGACUCGUUCGUGCCGUUGGUGGCCGCGCUGUGCAGCGAGGAGGCGGAGAAGGUCACCCGCAAGAACAACCUGGGCUUCUGCGAGCUCAUAAAGCCUUUCUGUCGCCUCACUUCGGAAGUGCACAUGAGAGAUCCCAACAACCAACUUCACAUAAUCAAAAACUUGAAAAUUGCUGUCAACAACAUUAUUACACAGCCACCUCAACAAGGAGCCAUUCGGAAGCUUCUGAAUGAUGUUGUGACUGUUAGUCAGCCUGCUGAAGGAUUAGUAGCUAAUGUGAUUACUGCCGGAGAUUAUGAUCUCAACAUUAGUGAUCGCUCAGUUAAAGCUAGUGUUCCUUGGUACAGUAGUUGGAAAGACACACUGAUGGGACUGAACACAUCCACGUUUUAUUCAGCUACCACUCCAUGGUUUGAGGCUUAUCGAGAGAGCUUUCUUCAGUCUAUGCCAUCAUCAGACCAUGAAUUCCUAAACCACUAUGUAGCCUGUAUGCUCGUGGUGUCAUCUAGUGAACCUGAACCUGUGGAACAGUUUCUCAAGCUUUCACAAGAGCAGCAUCAGAUUCAACAUAGUAAUGAAUACUCUUAUCCAAAAUGGUUCAUUCCAAACACCCUCAAAUAUUAUGUGUUGUUGCAUGAUGUGAGUUUAGGAGAGGAACAAAGGGCUGAUUCAAUUUAUGAAGAAAUGAAACAGAGAUAUGGGACUCAGGGGUGCUAUUUACUUAAGAUAAAUUCUCGUGGGUCUAAUCGAGGAGCUGAUGAACAGAUUCCUGAUCCCUGGAGCCAAUAUCUUCAGAAAAACACUAUCCAAACCCAGGAACCUUACGAAGAUGGCCCAUAUACACUAAUUUCAAAUAAGAAUUCUGAUCACUUUAUACCACUGGAUGGGUUAGGUAAUGAUUCCAAAGUAGAUGGUUUAUCAAAUAAUUUUAAGAGUCAUCCACUUCAAUUGGAUCACACUAGUGACAGUGGUUGUUUUGAUGGCACUGAUUAUGUGAAACCAAAUUCAUCCAUGCAUGAAUCGAAGAAGUCAAAUACAUGGACACCUCAUGGCACCUGUUUGACACUCACAGAUCAUGAUCGAAUUCGACAGUUCAUACAGGAAUUUACCUUUAGAGGGCUUUUGCCACAUAUAGAGAAAACGAUCAGGCAACUUAAUGACCAGUUGAUAUCCAGGAAAGGCCUGAGUCGCUCACUAUUUUCUGCAACCAAAAAAUGGUUUAGUGGCAGUAAAGUUCCAGAGAAAAGUGUAAAUGAGCUAAAAAGCACUUCUGGCUUGUUGUAUCCCCCAGAAGCGCCAGAGCUUCAAAUCAGGAAAAUGGCAGAUCUGUGUUUCUUGGUGCAACAUUAUGAACUGGCAUACAAUUGCUACCAUACAGCAAAGAAAGACUUUUUAAAUGAUCAAGCAAUGCUUUAUGCAGCAGGAGCACUGGAAAUGGCAGCAGUAUCUGCUUUUCUGCAGCCAGGAGCACCUAGACCAUAUCCUGCCCAUUACAUGGAUACUGCAAUUCAAACAUAUAGGGAUAUUUGCAAGAACAUGAUGCUGGCAGAGAGAUGUGUGCUGCUUAGUGCUGAAGUAUUAAAAAGCCAAAGCAAAUAUUCAGAGGCAGCUGCUCUCCUGAUACGUUUAACCAGUGAGGAUUCAGAUCUGCGGAGUGCACUGUUGCUCGAGCAAGCUGCACAUUGUUUUAUAAAUAUGAAAACUCCUAUGGUUAGAAAAUUUGCCUUUCAUAUGAUACUGGCUGGCCAUAGGUAUAGUAAAGCAGGGCAGAAGAAGCAUGCUUUACGAUGUUACUGUCAAGCCAUGCAAGUUUAUAAAGGGAAAGGAUGGUCACUUGCAGAAGAUCAUAUAAACUUCACUAUUGGUCGGCAGUCUUUUACACUUCGGCAGCUUGACAAUGCCGUAUCCGCCUUCAGGCAUAUUUUGAUCAAUGACAGCAAGCAAAGUGCUGCUCAGCAAGGGGCCUUCCUCCGAGAAUAUCUUUAUGUUUAUAGGAAUGUAAGUCAGCUAUCACCUGAUGGGCCGUUACCACAACUUCCUUUACCUUAUAUUAAUAGUUCUGCAACACGAGUGUUUUUUGGACAUGACAGACAGCAAUCAGAAGGUGAAAAACAGGCAGCAACACACAUAAGCCUUGAUCAAGAAUAUGACUCUGAAUUCUCCUAUCAAUGGAAGGAACUUGAAGAGCAAGCUGUGGCUGCAGCUAACAAAGGCACAGCACUUUCUAAUUUCCAGCCAACACAGUAUUGUCUGAAUAAGUAUUCAGAUAACUCUAGAUUUCCACUUGGUGUAGUAGAAGAGCCAAUAACUGUGGAAGUAGCUUUUAGAAAUCCAUUGAAAGUUCCACUUCUGUUAACCGACUUAUCACUGCUUUGGAAAUUCCAACCAAAGGAUUACAAUUCAAAGAAUAACGGAGAUACAAAGGAAGUAGAAACAUCUGGAAAAGAUAUGAUUGGAGCUGAAGUAAUACCAGAGUUUUUGAUGAACAGUGAAGAAACUAAAAUGGCAAGACUAAAGCUCUUUCCCCAUCAAACAGGGGAGCUACACAUUCUGGGAGUCGUUUACAAUCUUGGCACCAUUCAGAGUACUUCAGUGCUAGAUGGAGUAGACCCUUCUGUUGUACUGCAAACAGGAAAAUUUAUCUCUAAUGGAAUGUCAGUACGGGGGCGACAAGACUUAGAAAUCCAGGGUCCUCGUUUGAAUAGCACAAAAGAAGAGAAAACAUCUAUUAAAUAUGGACCUGAUCGACGUUUAGAUCCUAUCAUUACAGAGGAUAUGCCUUUGCUAGAGGUCUUCUUUAUAAAUUUUCCUACAGGGCUGCUUUGUGGAGAAAUCCGAAAGACAUAUGUAGAGUUUAUGAAUGUAGGCAAGUGUCCUCUGACUGGAGUGAAAGUUGUUUCUAAACGGCCAGAAUUCUUUACCUUUGGUGGCAGUAGCGCUAUUUUAACACCACUAAGCCCUUCAGCAUCUGAACAUUGUAGCGCUUACAAGACUGUUGUUAAGCAUUCUACCUCCCUAUAUUCGCUGACGUCCUCGGCUGAUUCUUCAGACUUUGGGGUUGGAACAGGAUGUCAGCCAGAAGUGAUAGAUGUCCCCCUUCCUGAUUCUGUACUGCUCCCUGGAGCUUCAGUACAGCUUCCCAUGUGGUUACGUGGUCCAGAUGAAGAAGGUGUCCAUGAAAUAAACUUCUUGUUUUACUAUGAAAGUAUUAGAAAACACUCAAAAAUGUGUCACAGAGUAUUGAGACAUACUGCCGUUAUUUGUACCAGUCGAUCCCUGACUGUACAAGCUACCGUAUAUCGAAGCAAUGCUCUUGAGGAUGAAAAAGGUGAUGGCGACAAUAUGCUAGUGUUUGUGGAUGUGGAAAAUAUCAAUACCAGUGAAGCUGGUGUAAAAGAAUUUCACAUAGUACAAGUAUCUAGUAACAGCAAGAACUGGAAAUUGCAGGAAUCCAUAAAUCUGUCUGAAGACAAAGAUAUUAAGCUGGCUAACAGAGAGAAAGGAAAACUGUGCUUGAAAGCAGUAAGAUGCAAGCAUUUCGUAGAAAAUUAUACAUUUGCAGAUAUCGUUUUUGGAAGUGAACAGAUAAUCAGUUCAACCAGUCCAUGUGCAGAUUUCUUUUUCCGAAGCUUAUAUUCUGACUUAAAAAGAGCUCGAUCACAGCAAAGUGUGCACACAUCACAAGGAGCUGCAAAACCACAUCUUGACAAUGCUGUCAGACUAAUACAGAAGUGCAGUGAGGUGGAUUUGAACAUCAUUGUACUUUGGAAAGCAUAUGUGGUGGAGGAUAACAAGCAACUCAUUUUGGAAGGACAGCAUCAUGUUGUACUUCAUACAGUAGGGAAGGAGGCAUUUUCUUUCCCUCAAAAACAGGGUUUUAAAAAAAUACUCGGGAAUUCUGACUGGGAAGACUUGGAACAGGAGUCAUCGGAGAUAGGGCUCUUCAAUUUUUUUCGGCCAGAAAACACAUCGGUUCCUGCUAGGCCAUCUCUGGAUCAGUUUUCCAGCCUUAUUAAAACUAGUCUUCAUUAUCCAGAAACCUAUAACCACCCAUUUCAUCAAAAAAGCCUUUGUAUAGUACCAGUCACUCUUCUACUUUCAAAUUGCUCUCAGGCUGAUGUUGAUGUGAUCAUUGACUUGCGACAUAAAACAACAAGUCCAGAAACACUUGAAAUCCAUGGUUCAUUUACUUGGCUUGGGCAAACACAAUACAAGCUUCAGCUGAAAAGCCAGGAAGUAUCCAGCCUGCAGUUAAAGGCCUGUUUCGUUCACACGGGAGUUUAUAAUCUUGGAACCCCACGAGUUUUUGCCAAGCUUUCGGACCAGGUUACUUUGUUUGAAACAAGUCAGCAGAACUCGAUGCCAGCACUGAUCAUCAUUGGCAAUGUUUGACUUGCUGCAGGUUUUUUUAAACCAAAAGGAAAAGAAGUGUUUGAGUACUGUUACUUACUUCAUUACUUUUAACCUGCAACCUUGGCAUAUGAACUGUUAAAAUAGUGUAGAUAAAAUUCCAAACUAUUACAACUACUUGUCUCCUUCUGUUUCAUAAUGCCUGGUACAUUAGACUGGACAGAACAUUUAUUUUUAAAAAAGUAUUCCAUAAAUUAAGUGGAAAUACACAACAUUACUGGUGAUAUCCAAUGUUAGUCAUGCUCAGAACAAACCCAAUGAAAUCAAUUGACUUAAUUUCUGUGGGUCUACUCCAUGUAACUUAAUUGGGUAUCAUCCUCCUGGUAACAGAAUUGGAAACGGCUAUAUACCUUAGACCCUGUCAAAUGCAGCCAUACUGCUGUUAAAACCUGUGUUAAUAUUUGUGGCUGCAUUAGGAAGCAAUUUAGGACACAGACCCCUGCUGGCAUUUUUAUUUGUUUGUUUGUUCAUGAACCAUCUUUUCAUAACAUCAUUUCUGUGAAGUUCAGUAAGAUACAAAAAUAAAUCCUACCCAGUUUUUCAUUUUCCACUUUAAAAAAAGUGAAAUUGGGGCUUCUUUCAUAUUCUGAUAGCCAGUCCUCUUUGCAAACUGCAUAUAACUCCACUUAAUAUCCUUUAAAAACAGAAAACCCCAGUUUAGAUAUGUUCUCAUUCAUCUCAGUACAAAAUGCACUAUUUCACAACCAUUGAAGUUUGUCAUGUAAACACAUCCACUUUAUUAUGUAACUAUAACAAUUCAGAUGAUCUGUUUAAAUUACCAGUUAAUUAAGCUUUUCGAGAAAUGUAUUAUAUUUAUAACAAAUGUGCUGUAAAUAGAAUAAAAUGUGCACCAUAUUCACUGUAUUGAUUUAUUUCAUAAUGUUUCUGAAAUGAUGACAGAAAUUAAGUAGAUGCCUGUUAAUGGUUUGUUCUGGACCGUUGUCUUGCCGCAGUAAUAAACCAGAUGAGAGCCAAGAAAUUGAAGCUCAGUCCAGAUUAAGAUUGAGACACGAGACACUGUUAGUAGGUGGUACCCUAGGAUGGGAGGUGGCUUGCUCUUGAUGGGGUUACACUCCCUCUGGAGGAAAGGGCAUGUAGUCUGGGGAUCCUUCUGGAUCCACUGGUGUCACUUGAAGUGCAGAUGGCCUCGGUGGUGCGGAGUGCCUUCCACCAGCUUUGUCUGGUGGCCCAGCUGCACCAGUAUCUGGACAGGGAUAGCCUAACUUCUAUCUUUUUUGUUUCGGUAACCUCUAGGUUACAUUACUGCUUCACAUUAUAUGUGGGGCUACCUCUGAAGAAUGUUUGGCAGCCUCAACUGGUGCAGAAUUUGGUGGCCAGGUUGCUCACCAGAACAAGACGGUCUGAGCAUAUAACACUGAUCCUGGUCCAACUGCACUGACUGCAAGUUUCUGGGCACAAUUAAAAAUGCUGGGUUUUGACCUAUAAAGCCUUAAGUGGCUCAGGACUGCAAUACCUCAAGGACCACCUCUCCCCAUAUGAACUGACCUGGACCCUGUGAUCAUCAUAGAGGCCCUCCAUGAGAGUUCUAGAGGGUAGCAACAUGAGAACAUCCAUUUUCUGUGGUGGCUGCCUGAUCUCCCCAGGGAGGCUUGCCUUGCGCCUUCACUGCAUAUCUUUAAGUGCCGGGCAAAAAUGUUUCUCUAACCAGGCCUUUGGCUGAUUACACAUUCUAUAGCCUUUUAAAUGUGUUUGUGGGAUGGGAUGUUAUUGGUUUCUUUGGGCCUUUUUAUGUAUUUUGUGUUUUCAUUUUGUAUAUGUUGUGAAUUACCCUUUGAUCUUUGGAUGAAGGGCAGCAUACAAGUUUAAUAAAUAAUAAUAGUGGCUUGAUUGUGAGCUACCAGGCCCCCACCCAGAUCUUGUUCUGACACCAUUUUUAAGGUCACCUUUGACUGACACUUGCCUUUCAGGAUGGUGAUAUGAAUUGCUGCAAUAACGCUUAGGACAUGAGUGGGGAACCUUCAGAUGUUGCUGGACCACAACUCUCAUUAUCCCUCAUCAUUUCCUAUAGUGGCUGAGCUGUUGGAAGUUUAAUGCCAAAAACAGGUGGAGGCCAGAGGUUCCCCACUCUUGCUAUAGAAUUUUCAAAGUUCUUUACAUAACUACUCAUAAUUAUCUAUAAUGGGCAAGAGACUAAAGGGAGGGGGGUUUCCUGGGGAUCCCAAAGUAGAAUCUCAAGGUAGGGGCAGUUCUGUAGGUUUUGGCCAUGUCUACUUCUCCUUCAGCUUCCACAGGCCAGCACUUUUCCAGUAAGGAAGCUAACCCACCUUGUAGUUUCCAUGAAUUGUCUGUUGAGUUGACUUACACAAUCUGCUCAGAGACAUUGUGAGUUGAAGAGAGAUGUGCAAAACAACUACUUGAUUUGAUCUUAAUGCUCCAUAGUGUUAGAUAAGUAGCAAAGUUAUCCAACAGAACAGCAAGAUAGCCACUGUGAGUUAAUUUGCCACUACUACUUGCCCUGGCAGGAAACUUGCGAUUUAAUUUACACGUCCUUCAUCCUCUUACUUUCAGUUUUGUUCCCUCGAUCACCCAGAGCAAUUUUUACUUCCUUUACUUGCACUUGAGUACAGUUGACUUGCAACUUGUGCACAUUUAACUUGUGGGAUCAUAGCUUUAAGCACUUGGUAGCCAACCAGCUGAAACUGAGCACAUUAAUCGCACCCAAGGCAGAAAGCUUGUAUGUUUUAAAGUAGGGUUGUAAUUUUUUUCUUGAUUUUAUUGUCUUAUCUUUUUGUAAACCACUUUGAAGGGUUUUUUUUGCAAUCAAGCAGUGUAUAAAUCAAACAUGAA